AUGCCCGAAAGGACUAGCGAAAGCAAGGCUAAGGCACCUUGCCAGCCACAAUCACUUCCAGACCGCGUCAUCGCCAUCCUCGACGACUUUAUCAAGGAUGAACGCAAGCGUGACUUUUCUUUCUUAGGAAAAUAUAGUCACUGCUACAAGGAUACAAAAAGCCUUCUUCAAGUCGAACUGGCUAGCCAAUACGACAUCGCCGCCAUCAAGAACAAAGACGAUGACUUUGAAAAUGCCGGCUGGUACACCUUCGCUGAGUCGAUUGACGCUUCGCGUCGCACAGUCGCCAUCAGCAUUCUGGACGAGGAAGAUGUGAAGGUCGAGACCAUGACGAUCGGGACCGGGGCAAGCAACAUGCGUGAUGCGGCAUCGUGGAUACGCAACACCUACUGCACUGAUCUCCAAAAGACAUGGCCCAAGAAGUUUUCUGCCAUACAUUACGACGAGCAAAGAAAGUGGUGGAUAAAGACGGGUAAAUUUUUCAAGCUCCUUGAACUCCCUCUCGAGUUGCGUGAGGAAAUCUACCGUCACGUCCUCGAACCCGUCGUUGUACCCGACAUCGUGACGGAGGGCACAAGACGCUUCAUCCUUGGUGUCGGGUUGGCCUUCGGGCCCGCCAGCGUCGCUGAACGCAACCGUGACCCAGACGUCCCCCGCCCCAACCUCAACAUCAUGUACGUCAACAAGCAGGUCUGCAGGGAAUCCAGCGCGUUCGCAUAUCGCGAGUCGAUCAAGCGAUUCACCUCGCUGUACUCACGUCUCGGUAGGGGCCCCAAACACUUUCUGUUCAAGAUAUGGCAGCACGCCCUCAACUUCCCACCGGAACUUGCUCUCCAAACAGGGUUUCUGCGGCACAUUCAGCUUGAAAUGGAUGCGGUUGAGUAUUUCGCGUGCAUCGGGAUUUAUCCGAGCAGCACAUAUCCGCUUCGUGCCAAGACUCCGCAUUCCUUGAAGCUCACUGAGCUGGCACUGUUAACUGGGCUUCAGACGCUCGACCUGUGGUUCGUCAGUCCGAAACAUCGAGUCGCGAGGUGUCCGUGGGCGCUGGCGAGUUCGGAUAGGAGACCCCAUGCUUGUCAGAAGAAGUGGAUUGAGUUUUGGAUUGUUAUGGCGUGGGAUGUGCUACGCGAUCUACGUACAACCAAGGGGGUGAGGAUUAGUUUCAACGGGUGCAUCAAGACGUCCACGGUGGACUUUUGGGAGUCCAAGCUUAACGCUGCGGGAGAUGGGGAAACGGUAAUGGUGGAAAGUAUGAAGCUGGAGAUAUUGCAGGAGAUUGCCCCUCGGAUUCGAAGAGGUGAAAUAGAGUUUCCGUGUCGCUGCACGUAUCCGUGCGCGGGCACGAGUGUGGAGUUGCCGGUCAAUUUCAAGGAUGAUGAGGAUCCGCGGUUGGAAUCUGUCGAGGGCUGGCAGGGUAUACUUGAUAAGGCGUAUUGGGAUUUUGACGAUUGA